AUGGCGGCAGUAAACAAACGAUUUCUGAUGCGAAAGCUUUUGAUACUUCUGCUGCUAAGAAGAAGAAUUAAAAGAAGACAGCAGAAAUACAAGAAAGACUUUUGGGUUCGGAAGAUAUUUCAAGAAAGGACCUCAAAAGGUGAAUUUCAUUUGCUCGUGCAAGACCUCAGGUUAUUCGACCAUUUGUACUUUUUCAAGUGCUUCAGGAUGACCCCUACCACAUAUGAGAAGCAAUUGUCUUGGGUUGGCCCCUUAAUCAUCCGAAAAGCAACAAGAAUGCGUGAGCCAAUAGGGGCUAGUGAAAGACUUUGUGUGACACUAAGGUACCUAGUUUCUGGAGAUGCUCAAGUUAGCAUAGCUGCAAGCUAUCGAAUAAGUCCCUCUGUUGUUGGUCGUAUUAUAAAAGAAACUUGCCAAGUCAUAUGGGACACACUAACUGAGAAAGGUUUUCUUAGUGUUCCUAAUUGUGCAGAAGACUGGAAGAACAUAGCUAAUACUUUUGGAGAAAAGUGGAAUUUUCCUCAUGCUCUUGGGGCUAUAGAUGGAAAACAUAUUGUCAUGCAAGCCCCAGCUCGUGGAGGGUCAGACUUUUUCAAUUACAAGAAAACGCAUAGUAUAGUCUUGAUGGCAGUAUGUAAUGCAGACUACGAGUUUCUGCUUGUGGAUGUUGGUGAUGCAGGACGGCAAAGUGACGGGAGUGUUUACACAAACAGCCAUCUUGGUUAUGCUAUUGACAAUAACCUCUUAAAUAUUCCCAACCCAGAGAAGAUUGGAAAUUCAGAUGAGAUAUUUCCCUAUGUAUUUCUGGCAGAUGAUGCAUUUGGAUUAAAAACCUACCUAAUGAAACCUUACCCCGGUCAAAAUAUACCAGAAGACCAAAGAAUUUUCAACUAUCGACUCUCUCGAGGUAGAAGGAUAAUAGAAAAUACAUUUGGUAUUGCAGCCUCAAGAUUUCGAGUUCUGAGAAAGCCAAUCAUUGCUAGAGUUGACACUGUUAUACAAAUUACAAAGGCUGUAGUUGGACUACACAAUUUCUUAAUGCGGAACAGAUUACCAGGCGACAGCCAUAGUUAUUGUCCAUUUAACUAUGUUGAUCAAGAAAGUGUAAAUGGUGUUAAGGCUGGUCAGUGGAGAAAUGACACAUCCCCAAAUACCUCGCUAUAUCCAAUUUCAAGGGUUGGUUCGAACAACUACUCAAAAAAUGCAAAAACAACUCGUGACAACUUCAAGAAGUAUUUUAAUUCCCCAGAAGGAGAAGUUAGUUGGCAAUGGGACAUGGUACGCCGGGUUACUAUCCCCUUUGAUGAAAGAGUAUGA